AUGAAACACUUCUUCCUUAUUGCUGGCGUCUUGUUGGUCGUCUUGAUGAUCAAUGCCGUUAGCGCUUCCACUGAAAAUGUUGUCGUCGGUUCAGCAGCAAUCAGCAAGAUUGACGCCGAAGAACAACAAGCUAUGAAUCUUAUUGAUAGAUUGCGUGGUAAUGUUAGAGGUUCUGGUGCUAAUUGUAGAUUUGAAAAUACUGAUGCUACUAUUAAGACCUUUAUUUGUGAUAUUACAUUUGAAAAGAAGGUUUUGGUUAAAAAGGUUAAGGCUUCUGCCACUGUCUCUAUUGUUGCUAAUUUGGCUUCUUCUAGAGUCACUGUUAAGAUUCAAUCUCAUGGUGCCACUCUUUACAAUAAGGAUUAUCCAAUUGGUCAAGUUAACCUUGAUCCUAUCUGUGUCAAUGUUAUUCCUGAAGUUGGUUUCUGUCUCCAACUCAGAAAUCUCAGAUUUAACACCAAUCCACCAGGUUGUGUUUCCAUUGAUUUGACUGGUUACUUUAAUGCAUUUGGUUUGCAUGAAAAUGUUCUCAAGCAACCAAUAGGAUGGAAUGCCAACAAGUGUUAA